CUUCCACCAGUAUGUCGGCAGCUACGCCAGCGCCCUCUACUCCCGAUGUGACGUCUCCCUCGGGCACAAAUGCUGCCGCAGAACCUCUCAGCGUCGUCAACAAGGCUAUCCUGGACUACUUGCGAGACAAGGGCUACAAGGGUGCCGAGAAGGAACUCCUGGCUGCACUGGACGCCGAUGGCCCCGACAAAGGAAAACAGCCGGAAGGUUCCACCUCUAAGGCCUCCACUUCUUCCACGAUAUCUGCUGAAGAUCUGGUCAAAGCGCUGUCUGUGUACGUGCAGAAGGCGAACCGCCAAGGCGAGAACUUCCUCAAGGAUGCUGCCAGUGUCCUGCAGGAGCUCGCCUCAAUGGGCAACCCUGCCACCAUCCAGAACCUCAUAUCCAGUAUUGAUGCUGUCGGAGCGGAGGAGAUAUUGUCUCUAGAUCCUACCGACAAGCAGGAGGGCUUCCGGGAGCUCGAGGCGUGGGUGGAUGGAUCUCUCGACAUGUAUCGACCGGAAUUUCGGCCCAUACUAUUCCCCAUCUUCUGUCAUUUCUACCUUGAUCUCAUACAGCAUGGGUUCAAGGAAGCCGCUUUGAAGUUCUAUGCCGAGUUCUCACCAUCACUAGCACCCACACAUGCCCCUACGCUGCACCAUCUAUCAACAUUGCUCUUACCUUUCCAUGUGCAAAACGAUGAACUCGCGCAACGCUUCCGGAACGAGAAGUACACAGUGCGAAUGAGCCGGUCAGGGUUCGGUCUCCUGGUCGGCUGGCUGACUGAAGGCGUGGGUGGAGAGCCAACAGGCUCAGGGGAGGGCUUCACCGGAAAGAGGGGUAAAAGAGGGCGGGCUGCCGUCUUGCGAGUGGUCAACAACCACCUCAGGUUUGACGUCACCUCAUCGACCACAACAUCCGUAUCCGAAAAUGCAUGGGAGGAGUCUACAGGCCUGCUCACGUCCGUGAUCCCACAGGCCAGCGGUUCUUCCUCAACAUCAACAUUCACGAAUGCACAGUCGUUCAACGCAUCAAAGGGCGAUCUUAAACUCGGCAUGCCCGCGAUGCCAGAGGAGUUGCGCACGGAGACAGACCGCGCGCUCAGAGACCAAGCACUGGUCGAGCGAGACCCCGGCAUUCACGACGACUUGAAGAUACUGUACAACCGUCCGACACAAGAGACAGGCGGGAUCCCUCAGUCGGACUUACCCCCAUACCCGCCGUCUUUCAGGACAACGGAUGUGAAAAGGGAGGUCGAGAAGGUCCGCGACGCGAGAAAACGGAUACGACUGGAACGCACCGAGGUGCGGACGCAACAAGGAGUUGUCAAGAAUCAGCCAUUACCGAGUAUUUGCGCGUACACGGUGCAUGACGUCGGCGAAGGCGUGCCAUGUUGCACAUUCUCUCAAGACACGUCCAUGAUGGCCGCAGGGUUCUCCGAGAGCUACAUUCGAUUGUGGAGCCUGAAAGGCGAGAAGCUAAAAGGCUAUAGGAGCGACUUCCAACCCUCGUCAAUACGUGACAGCUCCUCUCUCAAGAAGAUCCGUGAGAAAGGCGGCUCGACCACCCGCAAACUCAUCGGGCACAGCGGGCCCGUCUACUCCGUUACUUUUGACCCGACCAACGGAUCCGCCGCACCACCGCGUUACCUCCUCUCCGCGUCGGCAGAUGCGACGACGCGGCUCUGGUCGCUCGACACGAUGACGAACAUUGUCGCGUACAGGGGGCACCAGAACCCCGUCUGGGAUGUGGAGUGGGGCCCGAUGGGUAUUUAUUUCGCUACGGCGAGUCGAGAUAGGACGGCAAGGCUGUGGUCGACGGAUAGGACGUCGGCGCUGAGGGUGUAUGCAGGCCAUCUGAGCGACGUUGACUGUGUGCGCUUCCAUCCGAACUCGCUCUACCUGGCGACGGGUUCGAGCGACUGGACAGCACGGUUGUGGGAUGUCCAGCGUGGGUCUUGCGUGCGUGUCUUUAUUGGCCACCAAGGCAUCGUCUCUACGCUCGCGUUCAGCCCUAACGGGCGGUACCUCGCCACUGCCGGCGAGGACCUCGCUAUCAACCUAUGGGACCUUGGCUCCGGAAAACGGAUCAAGAAGAUGGCGGGGCACACCGCGUCCGUGUACUCCCUCGCAUUCAGCGAGGAGUCGUCCAUGCUUGUCUCAGGCAGCGCAGACUGGACGGUGCGGUGUUGGGACGUCGCGGCGGCGGGCGGGCCGCAGAGCAAGGCCAAGGAGAACGGCGUCCUCACAAAUGGGAACACCGCGAAUGGCGUCAAUGGCGACGCACCCGCGCCAAGUGGCAAGGAAGAGGAGAGCAUCGAGACGUCGGACUUGCUUGCGACGUUCCCGACGAAACGCACGCCGAUGAUCAAUGUGCAGUUCACGCCUCGUAACUUGUGUCUUGUUGCUGGCCCGUAUCUCAGCCCAGAGCAGCGAUGAUCUCCGAAUGUGUAGUCAUUAUGUCACUGUAAUUAUAAUACCCUGCUGACGCUGCCAUAACAUGUUGUACA